AUGGAUUCUCUCCAGAACGGCCCCCGGGACGGGAGCUCGUCCGGACCCGCCCCCUCCCCGCCGCCGCAGCGGCUCAACGGCACGCCGAGCCCGUCCUGGGACGAUGCGGCCGACCUGGAGAACGCGCUGCUGUGGACCCUGCGCGAGCCCGGCACGGUGGCCCUGACCCUCCUGUACAGCCUGUCCUUCCUGCUGGGCUUCGCCGGCAACCUGACGUCCCUGCGGGUGCUCGCCGGCCGCCGCGGUCGGCGGUUGGCCGCCGUGGGCGCCACCCGCGGCCUGCUGCUCAACCUGGCCGUGUGCGACCUGGCCGUGGUGUGCGUGUGCAUGCCCAUCACGCUGGCCAGCCGCAUCUACGCCGCCUGGGUGUACGGCGACCUGCUGUGCCGCGCCGUCCCCUUCACGCAGGCCGUCUCGGUGGCGGCCAGCGUCCUGACGCUCAGCGUCAUCAGCGUCAACCGCUACUACGGCGUCCGCUCGCCGCUCAGGGCGCGCUCCGUCUUCACCCGCCGCCGCGUCCUGGCCACCGUGGCCGCCGUGUGGGCCGCCUCCUCCGCCGUCUGCGCCCCCAUCGCCGUCGUCAACCGCCGGCGGGAGAUCGGCUUCGGCGGCUUUUCCAUUCCCGUGUGCCAGGAGGAGUGGCCCGAGCAUCGCCUAAAACAAGGGUACAACGUGUUGCUGUUCGCGGUGCUCUAUUGCCUUCCGGUCACCUUCAACCUGACCAUCGGCUUCCUGACCGGCCGGCGACUGCGGGGCGGCACGCGGACGGCCUUCGCCGACCUGGACCCGCGCAGCCGGGCCCUGCACGCCUCUCGCCUGAAGACCCGGCAGAAGAUCGCCAAGACGGUGGUGUGCCUGGUGCUGCUGUUCGCCGUCUCGUGGCUGCCGCUCUACGUGGCCGACCUGUGGAUCGACCGCGAGCUGCGCCCGCCGCCGUGGCUCCUCCAGACCCGACCCUUCGCCCAGUGGCUGGGCCUGACCAACUCCAGCCUCAACCCCAUCUGCUACUGUUUCAUCGGGGACCUCUACCGCUCCGCCAAGGUGAUCCGGACGCGUUACUACCAGAAAGUGGCCGCCCUCUUUGGGGACGUCUCCUUUGUCACGUCGGGGGCGGAGGCGUCCCCCACCGCCGCCGCCGCGACCGAGCGGGACCACGUGACCGCUCCGCUCGGCGCUACCGCCUCGGCGGCGACCGUUCCCCGCCUGCUGAGUUUGGCCCGAGCCCAAGGAGCCGGCCAGAGGGUCUCCCGCACUCGCGGGGUCUCAGACCGGCGCCGAUCCGGCCCGAGCGCGGGCGAACGCAACACCCCUCUUGCGUGGGACCCCGCGCCGGGCCCCUUUCGGCUCGACUUACUCCCCUCGCGGAGACACUCGGCCCACGACGGCUUUGGGCCUUUACCCCCGCGGCUGGAGGCCGGAAACGACACGCUCCCCGCGGGGAGGCGUUCGGGAGUUGGACGGUCCGCUUUGUGUUCCGAGAGGACUUAGCCGGAGCGCCGGAGCGGUCGGCAAACGAUAGCCCUCACCGAUACGCUGUGUCGACUCUGCCGCAGAGGGUGGACGGUCGCGCAGGGCUCUCGAGCCUCCCAAGGACUCAUUCUCAUUGCUCCGCUUGAGGACCCCCGAAGACGAGGGCAAAGGAAACUCGCGUGUGAAACGCGGUUGCGUUCGUCAUUGGUUGGUUCAUUAGCUUCAAGAUAGCGAUCCGAAAGAGACGCUCUCCCCCGCCAUGAGGCACUCAGGCGUCACCGCCAGUGAUUGUCAUAAGACGAGUCGUUUGAGUGCGGACGGCGCUCGGGCGGCCCAAAGGCUCCCGCAAUGGAACUGGCGCACGACCGAAGUUUUCCGCAAAGCCCCGAAAAGGAAACCGGCGAUCAUCCGAAAGAGUCUUUGCGGAACGGGCCGCAACUCGAGCAUCCCGGAG